AUGUCUUCGUCGUCUGCUGCUUCGUCGUCGUCGUCUUUUCCAUCUACCCGAGAAAUGAACCUCUACAAACUAACUAAAAUAUUAUUGGACCACGACAGGUACAUACAGUGGUGCAAGGAGCACAACCUGCUCGCGUCGUCGUUUCCAUGUCCCAACAGUACAUGCUGCAAUACACUACGUUGGACUCGACGAAGUUCAUCGCGAGAUGGGUACGAAUGGCGAUGCUCUAAGAAAAACUGCAAUGGAAUGGCAUCAAUACGCCAGAAUUCUUGGUUUUCUGGUAGUAAGCUUUCCAUUGAAAAAAUAUUAGCUCUAACAUACGCUUGGGCAAAUAAUUUUACCACUUCACAAGCAGUGCACGAAACCUCCCUGGGCGACGAACAAACGUCCACAGAAACGGUGGUAGAUUGGUAUCACUACUGCCGUGAGGUUUGUGCCGAAAGAAUUAUGCAACAUCAUAAGGGGCCAAUAGGUGGACGUGGUACUACUGUUGAGAUUGAUGAGUCCAAGUUUGGCAAGAUGAAGUAUCACCGCGGUCGCUACGUCGAAGGGAAGUGGGUCUUUGGUGGCAUUUGCCGUGAAACCAAGGCCUGCUUCCUUGUACCGGUAGAGCGCAGGGAUAAAGAUACACUCAUACCCAUUAUACGCGCUCAAAUAUUGCCGGGAACAUGCGUGAUGAGCGACAUGUGGAAAGCUUAUGAUUGCCUACAGGACGAGGGCUACAAUCAUCUCACAGUGAACCACAGCCUGAACUUCGUAGACCCAGACACAGGCGCUCAUACUCAGCGCAUUGAAAAUACAUGGUGGGGAAUCAAACGAAGUAUGCCUCGUACAGGAAUGUCCAAAGAUCUCUUCGGUAGCUACCUACAGGAGUGGUUGUGGCGUAAGCAAUAUGGAGAAGAUCCUCUUGGAAACAUAAUCGAGCAUAUCGCCGAAGUAUAUGAUGUUCGAAAGAUAACAUAA